UCUCCACCCCCACUCCCUUCCAGAAUAAGCUGGGCUGGUUUUUGGUAAAUAACGAGCUGUCACUUCUUCGCUUGAAACUUUCCAGGCUCCACCACCUUGGCCAACCCUCCUGAAGGAUGCUGGAGGCUGGAACCUUCCUAUCGGGCAGCAAGCUGCCUUCCACAUCCUAGAGCAAGCUCUCCCCACCUCCCGUAUCCUACGAAUCUCACUGCCUUUUGAGCUGUCCUGUGGUUUCUGUGGACUAACGAACCUCUCUGCCUACUCCGCCGGGUCAGGAGCCUUGACCAGUUAUGGUGAGGUGGUUUCAUCCCAACAUCAGCGGAAUUGAGGCAGAGAAGCUGCUCCUCACCAGGGGCGUCCAUGGCAGCUUUCUGGCUCGACCCAGUAAGAGCAACCCGGGAGACUUCACCCUCUCCGUCAGACGAAACGACGAGGUGACGCACAUUAAGAUCCAGAACACGGGGGAUUACUAUGACCUCUACGGCGGCGAGAAGUUUGCCACCCUUGCAGAGCUGGUGCAGUACUACACCGAGCAGCAGGGGCUGCUGCGGGAGAAGAACAGCAACGUCAUCGAGCUGAAGUACCCCCUCAACUGCCAGGACCCCACCUCGGAGAGGUGGUACCAUGGGCACCUCACUGGCAAGGAGGCAGAGAAGCUUCUGACCGAGAAGGGGAAGCCGGGUAGCUUUCUGGUGCGGGAGAGCCAGAGCAAGCCAGGAGACUUUGUCUUGUCGGUGCUGACAAAUGAGGAUAAGAUGGAGAGCGGGGAUCGGAAACCACACGUGACCCACGUGAUGAUCCACUACCAGCCGGACGGGAAGUACGACGUGGGAGGAGGAGAGCGGUUUGACACCCUCACGGACCUGGUGGAACACUAUAAGAAGAACCCCAUGGUGGAGAAAUCUGGAGCUGUGGUUCAUCUGAAGCAGCCAUUCAACGCCACGCGCAUCAACGCAGCAAACAUUGAAAACAGAGUGAGGGAGCUGAACAAAAUGGCAGAUCACAGCGAGAAGGCCAAGCAAGGGUUCUGGGAAGAGUUUGAGAUGCUGCAGCAGCAAGAGUGCAAGCUCCUCUACCCCAGGAAGGAGGGGCAGCGACCAGAGAACAAGGCUAAGAAUCGCUACAAGAACAUCCUUCCCUUUGAUACCACGCGGGUGGCACUCCGAGACGCAGAUGCGAGCGUGCCUGGGUCAGACUACAUCAAUGCCAACUAUAUCAAGAGCAUCCCUGAAGAUGGAAGGAACUCGGAGCACUGCAAGAUCUACAUAGCCACCCAGGGCUGCCUGCAGACGACAGUGAAUGACUUCUGGGCCAUGGUGUAUCAAGAGAACAGUCAUGUCAUUGUCAUGACAACCAAGGAGGUGGAGCGGGGCAGGAACAAAUGCUUCCGUUACUGGCCAGACAAGGGCUGCACCAAGGAAUACGGGUGCAUCUCCGUGCACAACGUGAGCGAGCGGGAGGCCCAGGGCUACUACCUUCGGGAGCUGGAGAUCUCGCGGACCGACAGGGAUGAGCGCCCGAGACUGGUGAAGCACUAUCAGUAUUUUAGCUGGCCAGAUCACGGGGUGCCCAAUGAACCAGGAGGGGUUCUGAGCUUUCUGGACCAAGUGAAUCGGGCACAGCGAAGCAUUCCAGACACGGGGCCGAUCAUAGUGCACUGCAGUGCUGGAAUAGGACGCACAGGCACCAUCAUAGUGAUAGAUAUUCUGGUGGAUAUUAUUCACAGGCAAGGUUUGGACUGCGACAUCGACAUCCCCAAAACUAUCCAGAUGGUCCGCAGGCAGCGUUCAGGCAUGGUGCAGACGGAGGCGCAGUACAAGUUUGUUUACAUGGCUGUUCAGCAGUACAUCGAGGCGGAGCAGAAGAGGUUGGAAGAAGAACAGAGGAAUAAAAGGAAAGAGCGAGACUACUUGAAUAUCGGCUACUCUCCCAUGGAAAAAGGCAGAGCCAAGGGGCAGCCCCCUUCACCGCGGGCCCAGUCUGUGGUUGAUGAUGAGUCAGCUUCCGUCUACGAGAACCUUAACAUCAAAAGCCCAAAGGUUUCGGGGAUGAGUAACACGGGGCGAUAAGGGAGCCAGAGGUGAGCUGUACGGAGGCUGUACAGGGUUUACAGUGUUUACGUCCACCUUUUCCAAGUUCUGCAAUUGCGGACGAGUUUUUUUUUGCCCGUCUUGCCUUCCCCAAGCACCUUGGAUUCAGCGAGGGAGUAAGAAGCUGCCUGUAAGAAGCAAGCGCCUAAGAACCAGCCUUGACCUAACUUAUUAAUGAGAAGGAUCUUCUCCCAUUCUCCCCUGUAUCAGCAGGUUGAUAUUUAUGUGGAAGUGCCUCUGGACAUUCAUUAGGGCAUCAAGGCUCAGUUUUAAAUUUUUUUUUUUUUUUUUUUUUAAUUUAAGAUUCUUAUUUUUUACACACAAACUGUUAAAAGGAACAGAAAUGACUCUUUGCUUAGGACCUUUCCCAGGGCUGCCCACUUAGGGCGUCUGUAAAAUGUUAGUACACUUUAAUGGGUUCAUUAGGUCAAUCGUUUCAAAGCUAGAAGUGGUUUUAGACUAAAUCCUGGAGUAACUUUGCUGCCUGUGAGGGUGAGAAAUAGAGAGCACUGCAGGUAUUUGCAUCCCUCUUGGUGGUUCUUCUCACGCUUCCUUUUGGCUGUACCAGUUCUGGAUUCCUAUGCAACCCUGCCAAAGCCCGGCGAGCGAGCAGUCCCCACUGCUGCCGCGGCACAGCAAAGGCGCGGGUGUGUGCCUGGGAGCCCGCUGGCUGCUCGGCGCGUGGCUUUCGCAGCAGAUCCAAGAGAUGGAGGCGAGCAUGGCCACCUCGGACCGCCUGGGUCUGACUUAAGCUGGGUGAAGCCCCACCUGGCUGAUGGGUGCUGGAGGGUGGGAGAGCAGCUCUGACCCUGCGCCGCGCUUUUAGCCGCCCCUGGCGAGUAACAGCCUAGGAUACUAAGCUGAGCUGAACUUUUUGAGCUGGGCCCCUCUAAGCUUGAUGCAGCUCUGCCAUUACCUUGCUGUGUGGCCUCUUUAUUUUUUUUUAUUCCCCUUGCGCCGCAACUAUAUGACAAGGCAAGCGUUGUGCCUGCUGAGUAGGGGUGUUGUAGGAGUGUUUGUGGCUUGACCAUGAAGAUGAGUGUGUUGCUGAGUGGAGUGUUCCAGCUCUGCUGAUAAGUCUUGGCUUCCUCGCUGUCCCAGCCCUAAGGCCUGCAAAGAGCCCUGCCAAAGAACCCCUGCCCGUAGGAUGCAAGGGCUCUGGGGGGAGCCUUGGGUCUGAGUGCCGGUACCUGAACCUCCAGAGCGUGCGUGGAGCCGAUGCUGAAGUCCUCCUGGGUCUCUGGAGGCAGGUGGACUUGCUGCACGGUUGGGGUAUUAGUGCCUGGAGCUCCAAGGGGCAGAAGGGGUUGAACAAAAGCACAACGACAUCCCUUGGCUGUAUUCCCUGGCUGGUCUUUCUGGUCCCUUGUCGCAGGGACAGGAGAACUGUUUAUUUUUAUUGCACUUUUAAUAAAUGUUGAACAUUCUCAA